UCUCCUCGAGAGUCUUUAGCCAACAAACGGUAACUGAACACGUUUCACGCUGUGUGUUUUUACGAUCUAAGAACUAGCAACCAAACGCUUCCAACAAACGCUGCAGCAUCAAAAUUUACAGUGCAAUUCGUCAGAUGGCAUAUGAGUGAGCUGUUGUUUUUAAAAGAAAAAAAAGAAGCAAUAAGGCAAAUAACGUAAAUAAAGUUGUGUACGCGCAAUACUACACACGCCACCAAACCUCGGAGGCACAACACAUAAGCAGUAGUAUAAAAAUAAAAGCGAUCGCCGAGUGCGUGUGUGUGUGAGAGUGAUAUUUAGUGUGGUGUGUGUGCCUGUGUGUGUUUACAGAGAGUACCAGCGGCUAGUGGAGAAGUGAAGCAGACGGGAUCAUCGAUCGCGAAGCCAGCAGUGCAGUGGUGCGAAAGAGCGCGAGAUACAACAAAAAUGGCUUCUUUCCGAAAUGCCGCACAUCACCAGAAGAGCCUGUCGGUGGAGGAGCGGGCAGAGAUGCGAGAAAAGUUUGAGGAGAUCGACACCAACAAAGACGGCUUCAUCGAGCUGAAGGAGCUGAAGGAUGCACUCGACCAGGUGGGCUUCAAGCUGCCCGGCUACCAGGUACGCCUGAUGAUCGACGAGUACUCGAACAAGCAGCGAUCGCAACACGUCGGCAAGCUGUCGUACGACGAGUUCGAGUCACUGUGCAUGGACCUGAAGGCAAAGGAUGUGGCGAGCACGUUCAAGAAGGUGGUCUCGAAGAAGGAAAACCUAGAAACGCUGGGCGGCAUGUCGGACUCGUCCGCCGCCGGUACGACACAUUCGGUGCGCGUCGAGGAGCAGCUAGCGUUUAGCGACUGGAUCAACUCGAACCUGGUGCACGAUCCGGAUCUGAAGCACCUGCUGCCGCUCGAUUCGGAGGGCAAGCUGCUGUACGACAAGAUGAAGGACGGCAUACUGCUGUGCAAGAUCGUCAACCACUCCUGCCCGGACACGAUCGAUGAGCGGGCGAUCAACAAGAAAAAUUUGACCGUGUACACCAAGUUCGAGAACCUGACGCUGGCGUUGGUGUCCUCGCAGGCCAUCGGCUGCAACAUCGUCAACAUUGAUGCGCACGAUCUCGCCAAAGGCAAGCCGCACCUGGUGCUCGGUCUGCUCUGGCAGAUUAUUCGCAUCGGGCUGUUCAGCCACAUCACGCUAGACAGCUGUCCGGGCCUUGCCACGCUCCUCUCCGAUGGUGAGCGGCUCGAGGAUCUGAUGAAGCUGUCACCCGAAGCGAUCUUGCUGCGCUGGGUCAACCACCAUCUCGAGCGGGCCGGCAUUGCCCGACGUUGCACAAACUUCCAGAGCGACAUCUCCGACUCGGAGGUGUACUCGUACCUGCUGAAUCAAAUCGCUCCCAAGGAUGCCGGUGUGAACGUGGAAGCGCUCAGAGAACAAAACGCCUUAAACCGUGCCGAAAUGAUGCUGCAACAAGCGGCCAAGCUGAACUGCCGAUCGUUUGUCACCCCGCAGGACGUCGUCAACGGAGUCUACAAGCUCAAUUUGGCCUUUGUAGCUAAUCUGUUCAACAAUCAUCCGGGACUGGACCAGCCGGAAGAGAUCGAAGGGCUAGAGUCGAUCGAGGAGACGCGCGAAGAGAAAACUUAUCGCAACUGGAUGAAUUCGAUGGGUGUCAAACCGCACGUGAACUGGCUGUACUCGGAUCUGGCGGACGGACUCAUCAUCUUCCAGCUGUUCGACAUUAUUCAGCCGGGCAGUGUGCAGUGGAAGCGGGUGCAUCAAAAAUUCACACCGUUACGGAAGUUCAUGGAAAAGCUGGAGAACUGCAACUAUGCGGUUGAGCUAGGCAAGCAGCAAAAGUUUUCGCUGGUCGGCAUUGCCGGACAGGAUCUGAGCGAUGGCAAUGCGACGCUAACGCUGGCACUUAUCUGGCAGCUGAUGAGAGCUUACACGCUUUCGAUUCUGUCCCGCUUGGCCAACACUGGCAAUCCGAUCAUCGAGAAGGAAAUUGUCCAGUGGGUGAACUCCAAGCUGCAGAGCGCAGGCAAACGGACGAGCCUGAAAAGUUUCCAAGAUCCGGCGAUCGCUGAUGGCAAAAUCAUUAUCGAUCUGAUCGAUACGAUCAAACCCGGCAGCAUCAACUACGACAACGUCCGCGACGGUGGCAACCCGGAGGAGAACUUGGAGAACGCCAAGUACGCGGUGUCAAUGGCACGUAAGAUCGGUGCACGUGUUUACGCCCUGCCGGAGGAUAUCACCGAGGUGAAGGCAAAGAUGAUCAUGACCGUGUUCGCCUGCCUGAUGGCGAUGGACUACGUGCCAAACAUGGACAGUGCGAAAUCGGCACCACCGGUCGCUGCAGUCGUGCAGGCUCCGGUUCCCCAGCAGCUUCCACAGCCACCCGUGGACAACGAACCGACGGUAGCAGCUCCAGCAGCGGUCGUAACCAACGGCACCAACGGGAACGGUACCGUCGGUGACGACGAAGAGGAGCAUAAUCUGCAAGAGGAGCCGCAGGAAGCGUCAGAGGAAUCCACCACCGUACCAGCGACCACGGCCAGCGAAACGAUACCAUCCACCUCACCUACACCGCCGCAAACCAACGAUGAGUUCGCCGAUUGAACGCCUCACGCCGUCCAGGGUGUGUUGGAAAUUAAGCAUAGAUCAUCGUAGGGAUGGGGUGAUAUGCAACGGAUUUGUGGCAGAAGCAACGCAACAUAGUGGCCACAACAGUCAAUAUAAUACCAGGUUAUAUAACGGGGGACAAAGUGAUGCAGUGUAGAGAGAGAAUUAUACCUUUCCACGCAUGUCUAUCGUGAGAAUGUGAGUUUGUAUGUAUGAUCAUGUAAUGUAUGUAUGCAUGUAUGUGUGUAUGUAUGUAUGUGUGUAUGCAUCCAAGCAAACAACGGGUGGCCGGAUGGCGUAAGCUCGUAGCUACAGGUUUGUGUGCACGUGGAUGUAAAGUAAACAGGGCUAACGAUCGUGUAAUCAAACUUCUUUGUUCUGAAGUGUAAGAACAACAUAUACAAGCAUAUAACGCGUAUGGAUGUAAUUGGUUUCGGAGGUAAUGCAAUAACAAUUAGCUAUAAUUACAUUCAUAACUUUCGUAAUAAUUGUAGGGAUAAGCAGGCAAGAUCAUCUACCAACCGUCUAAACCCCCAAACACAUACACACACAAGUAAUGUGUGACAAGAGAUAUCAGCUUCAAGCGUUUGAAUUAUUAUAAACUAUGUGGCCAUGAUGCGAGUAGCCCAAACAUAUUUGCAUAGGUCGCACGUAAGUCAACGUUGUUUGGAAUGUUUUUUGAGUUGUAUAUUUGAUUUCCUUCUUUAAUUGAUUUAAACUGAACAUUUUCAUGCAACUAACCAUUAGGCGCGGGUAACGAGAAAUUACGAAUAGCCUUCUUGACAGUCGCUGCAAAACAAUACACGUGUAAAGUACCAAUUUAAAAUGUAUAACUUAGGCUCAGAUUAACUUGCGCUACCGGCGUGGAGGGACAUAGGAGAGCAGGAUUUUUAGAUAAUUUAAUUUCAGAAAUAGUACUACGAUUGUUUAGGCAACCACAUAGUUGUCACAAAACGUUGUCGAAAAGAAGAUAAAGAUCCACAACUGUUCGAGGACGGUAUAAAAAGAAUCCACUUUCUGAACCAAAAAAUCAAUGGAAGAAGGAAUUGCACAGCACCAGGGAAUUUAAAAGUAGAAACUUUGAAAGAAUGAUUGAUUGCAAUAACACAUCCUUUCGCGCAAUCGUUUGUGGCAAUAUUUUUACCCUUUUGUUUUCGAAACUUGUUCGCUGAACAAUGGACCAUGGGUCCAUUUGUUUCAUUAAACCAAAAGACAGAAUAUUAAAAACGUAAACAAAACAAAGCAAAAAUUAGCAGUUAUGUGCCAAACUGAAAUUAAAUUGUUCACCCCCUUCACAUAAUUCACGAAACGGUGGCACAUUAUAUGCUUAGCAAUGCUUGCAAGUAACACAAUGUUGCGCCCCAUUAAAUGCACCACGUUUCCAGACGUUCCUUUGCGCACCCGAUUAACGCUCUAAAUGGUUAAAGAAUUACUAUCAACUAUUGGAACAACAUUGCAAUAAUUUAGGGACGGAAAAGAAAUUCCUAUAGGAAUAGGAAGGAACAACUAACACAUGGUUAUAUUGCUUUGCAAAUUUGCAAUUUGAUUGAAAUAGGUUCUUAAAUUUUAUUUCACUUCACUGCAAUUAGUACAUGCGAAUACAAUGCAGAGAAUUGUGUUCUCCCAUUUAUUCAUGUACAGCUAGAAUAACAAUGGCGGGGAAGGGGAGGGGAAAAUUUAUGUUAAGCAUAAAAGAAUCGCUAAACCAUGUAAAGGGCGCAUAAUUAGCGUAAAAAGGAUGACUAAACCAUUCAGAAUGAAAAAUCUAUCUGUAAAAUGCAGUAUUAGGUUCAUUGUAUUGUUCGUGAGCGUGCAAGUAUGUGUGUGUGUGUAUUGCAUCAUUCAUACCGAUGGUGUUUUAUCCGCGCACGCUCACACAUAAACACAUAAACACAGAUGUGCAUAUCGAACCACGUGGAUUGAAAAGCUUAUGUUUGAUGCUUCUUUGAAUUAUUUUAUUAGUGUUUGUUUUACCAGUAGAAUAAGAAACCGGAAUACGAAGAAACAUCUAAACAUUGGA